CAACGCGCGCCAAAGUUGGCCACUUAUACUACUUUCAACCAGUAGGCAGACGUUAAAACUAGCUGACAACGUAUAUCAAGGUAAAGAAUUAAAUAAACUUUGCCCAUUUACACAUUUGAGUUCAAGGUGCAACCCUCCCUUAACACUGCACAAAACCCUUUGCUAAAGGGGUCUUCUUUUACCCCACAAACUCACCAACCAGGUGACGAACAUCACCACUUUUUCUGUUGGAGGGGUUUUACUAUUUAGGAGUUUCUCUGACUGGGACUACGAUUUUAUUGUCUCCUUUUUAUCAUUUUGAGAGGAGACAUUUCGUCACAUCCUGUCGGCGUAUACCUAUAUUUUCUUGUCUGGACUUUGCACGAAUAAGAAUUUGGUAUCAGUGCCCACCCGGUGUUGCUUCAGUAGCUAGAAUGGCUACUUUACCAGGAACAGUGCCUCGAAUGAUGCGCCCUGCGCCAGGCCAGAACUACCCCCGCACCGGAUUCCCUCUGGAAGGACAAUAUACAGGACCUGAAUAUGUUUAUUGUGGAACAGUAUCAACCCCCCUGGGCCAAGGUCGGGUGAACCAGCUCGGUGGAGUGUUCAUCAACGGGAGGCCGCUGCCAAAUCAUAUCAGACACAAGAUAGUAGAGAUGGCCCACCAUGGCAUCCGACCCUGCGUAAUCUCGCGACAGCUACGAGUUUCCCAUGGUUGUGUCUCCAAAAUCCUCUGUCGGUACCAGGAGACCGGUUCGAUUCGUCCCGGGGCAAUAGGAGGCAGCAAGCCUAGGCAGGUAUCAACUCCGGAUGUGGAGAAGCGGAUUGAGGAGUACAAGCGAGAAAACCCCGGGAUGUUCAGUUGGGAGAUCCGGGACAAGCUGCUGAAGGACGGGGUGUGCGACAGAAGCACAGUUCCUUCAGGUGAGGCUUCUGUGAGCUCCAUCAGCCGAGUUCUGAGGGCCCGAUUCGGCAAGAAAGAUGACGACGACGAUAGUGAUAAGAAGGAUGAAGACGGAGAAAAGAAAACAAAGCAUAGCAUCGAUGGCAUUCUCGGCGAUAAAGGUAAUCGUACAGAUGAGGGUUCAGACGUGGAGUCGGAGCCGGACCUUCCCCUGAAGAGGAAGCAGCGUCGCAGCCGCACCACCUUCACAGCCGAGCAGCUUGAGGAGCUGGAGAAAGCCUUUGAGAGGACACACUACCCAGACAUCUACACCAGGGAAGAGCUGGCCCAGAGGACCAAGCUCACUGAGGCCCGCGUGCAGGUGUGGUUCAGCAACAGAAGGGCCAGAUGGCGCAAGCAGGCAGGAGCCAAUCAGCUGGCCGCCUUCAACCACCUGUUACCUGGAGGCUUCCCGCCCACAGGGAUGCCCAGCCUACCUACCUACCAGCUACCUGAGUCCUCAUACCCCGGCACUACACUGUCACAGGAUGGCAGCAGUACGUUGCAUCGGCCCCAACCCCUGCCUCCGUCCUCCAUGCACCAGGGCGGGCUCUCUGACGGCAGCUCCCCCUACGGCCUCUCGUCCAAUCGCCACAGCUUCUCCAGCUACUCAGACACCUUCAUGAGCCAAUCAGCUGCCAGCAACCACAUGAACCCGGUCAGCAACGGCCUCUCCCCACAGGUGAUGAGCAUCCUGAGUAACCCCAACGCCGUGCCCUCCCAGUCCCAACAUGACUUCUCCAUCUCCCCCCUCCACGGCAGCCUGGAGUCCUCCAACCCCAUCUCAGCCAGCUGCAGCCAGCGCUCUGACUCCAUCAAGGGGGUGGACAGCCUGAGCUCCUCCCAGUCCUACUGUCCCCCCACCUACAGCGCCACCAGCUACAGUGUGGACCCCGUCACCGCCGGAUACCAGUACAGUCAGUAUGGACAGACUGCAGUGGACUACCUGACUAAGAACGUGAGUCUGUCCACCCAGAGGAGGAUGAAGCUGGGAGACCACUCUGCUGUCCUGGGACUGCUGCAGGUGGAGACGGGACAGGCCUACUGAAACAGCCAGCCUCUUUCUGGCUCCACCCAGUCUAAACUCAACACCCCUUUAACAUAUACAACCCUGCUGCUGCCCCCCCCCCCCCCCCCCCCCCCCACCCUCCCUGCAGCCUAACCACUGCAGCACUCUCUCCCCCUCCCCACCCUGCAGGCAGUCAGGAUGUCUCUGUGUAUGUCAGAGUGUCUUUUUGCCUCUUGAUUACGAGAGGACUUGUCAUUAGAACUGCCUUUCCAUGGAUAGCCAACAGGCAGCCCGAUCCUAUACCCCAAGACCCCUAAACCGUGGCUCUGCCACUCCUAUGUGCCCUCCUCCCUGAUUGGCUCUGCCCAGGCAACCCAGAGAUGAUGGCCCCAGCCAGCAUGGAGAACGCGCCCCCUGGGUGCACACUGCAGUCCAGUCCAGCACAACCCUCAGAGCCACUUCCAAAUGUACUUUGACCUUGUUGUUUAUAAUAGUUCACUAAGCCAAUAUCAUUCAAAUGAUUAUCACUCUUGUUUUUUUUAUAUCAAUAUUGUUAAUAUUAUUAUUGCUGUUACAAUUAUGAUUAAUGUGAUUCUAUUUUUGUUUGUUAUUCCCUUCAUAGUUAUUUUCUCUCUCCGUGUGAAAUACUAGCAGAUGACUGAGGUGAUGUGGUGGGUUGCAGUGGUGUGUGUGUGUGUGUCGGUCCAGUCGGAGAGAAGCUGAUUGUUUUCCAGGCUGGGGCUCCUCCGCCUAGACCCUGAGCUCUAAUGUUCGUGAGCGAUUUGACCUUCCCGCUUUCACAUUCAACUUGACAUUCCUAAAGAACUUGGCCACUCAGUGGGAAGUCUAGCUGGGCGGAUUCUACUGCGAAUUAGCUGCGCUUUGGCGGCCAAUGGCUUCCCCCCUCCCAACAUCCAUCCUUAGCUGUACUCCAUGGGGAGGAGGGCAUUGUUUGUAAAAAACAGGAUUGGGGAAAUGAAUGGAUUUUGUUUAGAAAUAUGGACCUUGCCAAGGAGGACUAAACCCCCUACCCAAAAGCUCUAUGUGACUUUAACAAUGGAAGGAGAUUAAACAACACCAACAUAGUGUCAAGGCUAAUUAUAAAUGACCCUUCUCAUUACCAGCCAGGUUUUAUAUAUGUUUUGUUUAAUUAAGAUAUAAAAUCACAUGUAGCUGUUUACCAUGUUGGUUUGGACCAAGUGUGCAUUCCUCUGAAACAUUCCUCCAGCAUGGCAGACUGAUGCCAGUCACAUUCCUUUGAAACAUUCCUCCAGCAUGGCUGACUGAUGCCAGUCACAUUCCUUUGAAACAUUCCUCCAGCAUGGCAGACUGAUGCCAGUCACAUUCCUUUGAAACAUUCCUCCAGCAUGGCUGACUGAUGCCAGUCACAUUCCUUUGAAACAUUCCUCCAGCAUGGCAGACUGAUGCCAGUCACAUUCCUUUGAAACAUUCCUCCAGCAUGGCUGACUGAUGCCAGUCACAUUCCUUUGAAACAUUCCUCCAGCAUGGCUGACUGAUGCCAGUCACAUUCCUUUGAAACAUUCCUCCAGCAUGGCUGACUGAUGCCAGUCACAUUCCUUUGAAACAUUCCUCCAGCAUGGCUGACUGAUGCCAGUCACAUUCCUUUGAAACAUUCCUCCAGCAUGGCUGACUGAUGCCAGUCACAUUCCUUUGAAACAUUCCUCCAGCAUGUCUGACUGAUGCCAGUCACAUUCCUUUGAAACAUUCCUCCAGCAUGGCUGACUGAUGCCAGUCACAUUCCUUUGAAACAUUCCUCCAGCAUGGCUGACUGAUGCCAGUCACAUUCCUUUGAAACAUUCCUCCAGCAUGUCUGACUGAUGCCAGUCACAUUCCUUUGAAACAUUCCUCCAGCAUGGCUGACUGAUGCCAGUCACAUUCCUUUGAAACAUUCCUCCAGCAUGGCUGACUGAUGCCAGUCACAUUCCUUUGAAACAUUCCUCCAGCAUGUCUGACUGAUGCCAGUCACAUUCCUUUGAAACAAUCCUCCAGCAUGGCUGACUGAUGCCAGUCACAUUCCUUUGAAACAUUCCUCCAGCAUGGCUGACUGAUGCCAGUCACAUUCCUUUGAAACAUUCCUCCAGCAUGGCUGACUGAUGCCAGUCACAUUCCUUUGAAACAAUCCUCCAGCAUGGCUGACUGAUGCCAGUCACAUUCCUUUGAAACAUUCCUCCAGCAUGUCUGACUGAUGCCAGUCACAUUCCUUUGAAACAUUCCUCCAGCAUGGCUGACUGAUGCCAGUCACAUUCCUUUGAAACAUUCCUCCAGCAUGGCUGACUGAUGCCAGUCACAUUCCUUUGAAACAAUCCUCCAGCAUGGCUGACUGAUGCCAGUCACAUUCCUUCUCUGCCCAUGAUGAGAUUAAGAGAAGGCAAACUGUGCCAUUCACAUGCACUUUGUCAAAUCAAAUAAUCCUUUGAAUUGAAAAGGGCACAGGUAACCGGCCUGGCUGGCCCCCUCUGGCUCCAACUGGAUCCACCCCCUUCUAAUCCCCUGGACAUUCAACUCCUGCUUUGACCGACACACUCGCAGAAAUGUACAAAAACAAAACAUUUUUUAAAGAAUAGCUAAUAUUAAACAUUUGUGUAGCACUCAUAGUUGACUUUUGACACAAACUAUGUUGGGCUGAAUUAUAACUUGAACUUUCACACCAAUCUCUCAUUUAUAUCUGUGUAUGAUUUUUGCAAAAAAAAAUUGCAACAGUUGGAGUGAGUUACGUGUUCAUAUUCCACGUCAGGAUUUAACCCUUUGUCGCCUUUAAAUGGGAAUUGUACAGUAGCAGGUUGUGUAUUGUUUGUUUAUAAAGAGUAUGUUUUAUACUAAAACAACAACAAUGUUCAGUGGUAGUUAAGCAAGGGAUCUGCGGAAGUCAAUGUAUUUGAUUGUUUUCUUUACUGGUUUCCUUCUGUUGUUUUUGGUUGUGUUAUAUUGUAUGAAUUUCUUUAAACCAAAAUGCAGUGUUUUGAGCCAAGCUAAGUAGGGAAUUCUGUAUAUUAAAUUAGGAGAAAAUUCCAUUAAACUUCCUAAAUUGAAUAAUUGUAUAAAAGAGGUUGUUAGUUGAGAGAGAGAGAGAGAGAGAGAGAGAGAGAGAGAGAGAGAGAGAGAGAGAGAGAGAGAGACCAAUACGUUUUGAUAGUGACCAGAGGAAACCUAUUAUUCCACACCUACAAGUGCAGACAGGAGCAUGGGGAAGGUGUAUUCCAGCACUUGAUCUUAUGGACUCAUGAUCCGAGUGCAGACCUUACUGUGGACCAUUACAUAUCUGUCUGACCUCUGACCUCUCUCAGUGUGAAACAUUGUCCAGGGGUUCAGCAGCACAGCUUUGAUGCCAUACAGGAUGGGGACCUCUCCUGUCAGGGAAAGGAGUCAGAAUAGAACAGUGGGCCGAGCAGUGUGUUCUCUGGCUAUGUGUGUGUACAGCCAGGCUCCAGACCACACAUCUCCAUUGGAGAACACCUCACUAAAAGUAAUGAUGACUGAAGCACUGAAACCAGGCUGGUCUGAAAGCUCUGUUCAAUGAUGCCACAUUAUUGUGUAUAUAAAAAAACAACUAUAACUUUUUUUGUUUUUGUUUACACUUCUAGUGUAUCAAAUCCAUUUCUAACACCUGACUCCUGACCUGUUUACUUGCUUUAUGGAAUCUGUCUUCUGCUUUAUCCCCUUUCUGUUCCACAUGUGUGUAUAUUACCAUGGUAUAAUUUAUUCUGCUGUAUGAAGUAUUAGAGUAGUGGUAUUUACUACCUUCAGCCUGUUGGUGUGUUUACUGUAACACUGCCGUAACUGUUAUCAAUUAAAGAGCUAAAAAAUA